UAAUUUAUGUUCAAAAAUUUAUAAACCUUCUUGAUACUUUGUUAAAAGUUUUAUAUUUUGUUCAUGUUUUUAUCAUGACGUAAAAAUAAUGUCAUUCUUUUUAUGCAUUUUAAAUCUUUUGGCAAAAUAAUAGGUUGCUGCAAAAACAAAUUUAUAUGAAAAGUAAAGCUGCGCUUAUUAACAAAAAUGUCGUUUAUCCCAAGUUGGCUAUUCUUUUUUGUGAUAAUUCAAUUUUUUUAUUGUGUAUACGACAGUGUUCAAAGAAGAAACGAUUUAUUUAUAUGUUAUAAUUUGCUGUGUGUUUUACAAGCAAAUAAAUAUCUUAAUAUCUCAAAUAUCAAACUAAAGUUUGAUAAAAAGAAAUGUACAAGUUUUUUACACGCAAUACGAACAAUGGGCCACUUCAUCAGUAAAUCAAAAUCUCAAAAGAUGACUACAACGUAUGUCACUCUAAGUGAAGCCAAGAAGAAUGCAAAAAUUGAUCCCAAUUUCGAUUUAAUUUUGGACGAUGAUUUGGCGCAAAACAAGUGGCCUAAACAACUUGAUGAGCAUAAAACGAAAGAAAAACAGUCACUGAUGGCGCAGACCGUAGAUCAAAAACUGUUCAACAAACUCAAGCAAUUGAAAACAGAAAAAGCAGGUUGGACCAUCGCGAGAGCUAUCAACACCGGAGUGUGCUAUCCGACGUCGUUCAUGGGCUGUCAUGCCGGUGAUUUGGAGUCGUACUCAGUAUACAAAGAACUAUUUCACCCUGUCAUCGAGAAAUACCACAAGGGUUACAAACUGGAUGGAUCUAUGAAACACGUGACCGAUAUGGAUGUUUCGAAGAUCACCAUAGAUUUGUCUGAGUCAGCAAAAGCUAAGAUCAUUUCCACGCGCAUUCGAUGCGCACGUAACAUUGCUGCGUUCCCUUUGAAUCCUGGUGCUUCGAAGGAAAAUCGGAUUGCCAUUGCAGACCUGAUGGAAAAAGUGUUUCAUGAUAUUUCUUCUAGUGAUGAUCCAAAUUUGCAAGAUUUGGGCGGUACUUUUUACCGCCAUACAACCAUGACGCCCGAAGAAACACAACAACUUGUUGACGAUCACUUUUUGUUCAGAGGAAAAGACAAAAUGCAGGCUGCGUCGGGAUAUCACCAGUACUGGCCUGAAGGUCGGGGAAUCUUCUGUUCGAAGGACAAAACAUUUCUUUUGUGGAUUAACGAAGGAGAUCAUUUACGUAUUAUUAGCAUGGAGAAGGGUGGUGACGUGAAGAGAGUGUUCGAACGCCUCGCACGUGGAGCAAAAGCAAUCGAGGAGGGUUUAAAGAAAAUCACGCAGAAGGAAGAUGUUUUCAUGUCUGAUCCUAUGUUAGGUAUGGUGACAUGUUGUCCAACAAAUUUGGGGACAGGCAUGAGAGGUUCUGUGCAUAUACUAGUACCAAAGUUAAUCAAAUCGAUGGGUUUUGAAAAAAUUGACGAACUAGCUCGUACUAUGAAUUGCCAGGCUCGUGGAAGCACCGGAGAGCACUCAGAAGUUAUCGACCGCAUCGAUGUUUCGAACUGGAGACGUCUUGGAUUCCCGGAGUAUGUUUUGGUUCAAGAUAUGAUUACAUUUGCGAACAAGUUAGCUGAAAUGGAGGACAGCUGUGCAAAUAACUAAUUAUUGUCAUCUAUUUAAAAAUUCUAACGGUGUAAAAAACCCCGCUCUUAGCAUCAAAAGGACACAAUUUAUAGAGUAUUUUUGUAUUGGAUUAUAUACAUUUCUAACUUGCACAUUUUCAAUUUAUACACCCAA